AUGGUGCUGCUGAGUGCAUCAGUGUGUGGGCUGAGGAGACUGGUAGCCAUGUGUGCAGCGUAUGCCGCCUCGCAUGGACUAGUCUACAAUGUCAAAAAAAGUGUGGUCAUGGUCUUUGAGGACGGAAGUAGACGCUGGUCGAAUGUGCCCUCUGUAUCUAUUAAUAACUGCGUGUUACAGAGGGUACACAAGUUUAAAUAUCUAGGACAUAUGCUGACUUCCGACCUCAAGGACGAUGACGACAUAGAAAGAGAACGAAGGGCGUUGUCGGUUCGUGCUAAUAUGUUGGUCCGUAGGUUUGCGCGCUGUACGAGGUCAGUCAAGAUUACUCUUUUCAGAGCAUUUUGCACGACCUUCUACACGUGCAGCCUGUGGAACACAUACACGCUUAGGGCCUACAACGCUCUUCGUGUCCAGUUUAACAACGCAUUCAGAAUGCUGUUGGGGCUUCCCCGCUACUGCAGCGCUUCGGGCAUGUUUGCUGAGGCACGCGUGGAUUGCUUCUACGCCACUAUGCGCAAACGAUGCGCGUCCUUAGUGCGAAGAGUGAGGGGGAGUACCAACAGCAUUCUUGCUAUGAUAGCUAGUCGACUCGAUUGUCCAUAUGUGCGUCACUGCUGUGCCAUAUCUAACGGUAUGGAGCAGAGGUGA